AUGAAGAAUUUGACAUAUUUAAGUUUGGAUCACACUAAUAUUCAAGAACGAGGAGCUAUUUGCAUUGUGUCAAGUCCAAAUAUGAGCCGUUUGACCUUUCUAUCCUUGAGAAAUAACUCUCUUGGAGGAGACUUUGCCUCAAUACUAGCCUCAAGUAGCUAUUUAUCGAAAUUGCAAGAAUUGAAGCUAUAUAGCAACAAUGUUGGUGAUUCAGGAGCAACAAGAAUUGCCAACAGUGAAUAUUUGAAAAAUCUUACCAAAUUAGAUCUCGAGUUCAAUCAAAUAACUGAUGAAGGUGCAAUAAGUAUUGCCUCAAGUCAAUAUUUAUCAAAUCUUUUGGAACUGCAUUUAUCUCAUAAUGAUUUUUCAGAUAGAGGUGAAGAUGCAUUGAAACAUAGCAAAUAUUUGACCAAUACCAAUGUUCAAACGUCAAGCGUUAGAACUCUCUCUCAUACACCCAUUCAGCUUGCCUAA